AUGUCCAUCGUCUUCAGAUUCUCCCUCCUCUUCCUCCUCUCUCUCUUCCUCUCUGCGGCGUUUGCUUCCGAGUCAGAUCACAGGUAUCAACCAGAUGAUCAAGUUAUCCUUUGGGUAAACAAAGUUGGUCCUUAUAACAAUCCGCAAGAAACGUACAAUUAUUACAGCCUACCAUUUUGCCGGCCACCUGGUAACCCUGCACACAAAUGGGGUGGUCUUGGUGAGGUCCUGGGUGGCAAUGAACUUAUUGAUAGUCAACUUGACAUAAAGUUCCUAGGAAAUGUGGAAAAGACCACCUUUUGCCGAGUGGAGCUGGACGAGGCAAAGGUUAAACAGUUCAAGGAUGCAAUAGAGAAUAAUUACUGGUUUGAAUUCUUCAUGGAUGACCUUCCAUUGUGGGGGUAUGUUGGGGAGCUACAUCCUGAUAAGAAUAGUGAUAAUGGCAAGCAUGUAAUUUAUGCUCACAAGAACAUCAAUAUUCAAUACAAUAAAGAUCAGAUCAUUCAUGUUAAUCUAACUCAUGACAACCCAAGGCCUCUGGAAGUAGGAAAAUCUUUGGACAUGACAUAUUCUGUGAAAUGGACUCCUACAAAUGUCACUUUUGCACGCCGAUUUGAUGUAUACUUGGACUAUCCAUUCUUUGAGCAUCAGAUUCACUGGUUCUCCAUUUUUAAUUCUUUUAUGAUGGUCAUCUUCCUUACUGGAUUGGUGUCCAUGAUAUUGAUGCGAACUUUGAGAAAUGACUAUGCGAAGUAUGCUCGGGAAGAUGAUGAUUUGGAAACUCUGGAAAGAGAUGUUAGUGAAGAAUCUGGCUGGAAACUCGUGCAUGGUGAUGUUUUUAGGCCUCCUCGCAGUUUGGUCAUUCUUUCAGCUGUGGUUGGUACAGGUGCUCAGCUUGCAUUGCUGGUUCUCCUUGUCAUCUUGUUGGCUAUUGUUGGGAUGUUGUAUGUUGGUCGAGGAGCCAUCGUCACAACCUUCAUUGUAUGCUAUGCUCUCACAUCUUUCAUCUCUGGUUAUGUGAGUGGGGGAAUGUACUCACGAAAUGGAGGUAAAAGCUGGAUUAAAUCCAUGAUCUUGACUGCAUCACUGUUCCCAUUCAUGUGCUUUGGAAUUGGUUUUGUUUUAAACACAAUUGCUAUAUUCUAUGGAUCUCUAGCUGCAAUCCCCUUUGGUACUAUGGUUGUUGUCUUUGUUAUAUGGGCUUUUAUCUCUUUCCCUCUAGCACUUCUUGGUACAGUUGUUGGAAGAAACUGGAGUGGUGCUCCAAAUAAUCCAUGUCGUGUGAAGACCAUUCCUCGUCCUAUUCCUGAGAAAAAGUGGUACCUUACACCAUCUGUAGUUUCUCUGAUGGGGGGACUGCUUCCCUUUGGCAGCAUAUUCAUCGAGAUGUAUUUUGUAUUCACUUCCUUCUGGAAUUACAAGGUGUACUAUGUAUAUGGCUUCAUGCUACUGGUUUUUCUGAUUCUUAUCAUUGUUACUGUUUGUGUGACAAUUGUGGGGACAUACUUUUUGUUAAAUGCUGAGAACUACCACUGGCAAUGGACUUCUUUCUUUUCGGCUGCCUCAACAGCAGUUUACGUGUAUUUGUACUCAGUAUACUACUACUAUGUGAAGACAAAGAUGUCAGGCUUCUUCCAAACCAGCUUUUAUUUUGGAUACACUUUGAUGUUUUGUCUUGGACUGGGAAUUCUCUGUGGAGCUGUAGGUUAUCUUGGUUCAAAUUUGUUUGUGAGGAGGAUCUACAGAAACAUCAAGUGUGACUAA